AUGACUACAUGGGAAAUGGUAUCCACGGCAAUUCAUGAUUUGAAAAAACGUAAUGGAUCCUCUCGCGUAGCCAUCGCUAAAUAUAUAAUAGAAAAGUUUAAUGUAGAACCUAGUCCGCUAUUUAAUAGUUUAUUAAGAAGAACAUUGAAAAGUCAUGUGGAAGAAGGUAUAUUAAACCGUAAUGCAGACACAUUUAAAUUUAUUGCUAAAAAGAAACUCAAUGCGUUGGAAAAGAAAAAGAAAUUAGUAGCAGGUAACAAAAAAGUUUCAACUGAACAACAACCUGUUAAAAAAAUUGAGGAAAUGCUAAAAAAACAAAUACAACCUUCACCCCAGUCCGAGACAAAGGCUGUGACCGCCAAAUCAAGUAAAAAGACAAAGGAAAUCCAGGAUACUAAUGGUGUUGCCGAGAAGAAAGUUCUAGUCAAAGCAAUAUCUAAAGGAAAGGAGUUUAAGAAAACAUCAAAUAAAUCGAUUCAGAAGCAACCAUUACCAACGGGUUCUACUCCAAAAGAAAUUACAGUCGGCAAAAAAAAGGAGGUGAAACCAAAAAGUGAAGCUUCGACAUAUUCGAAAAAAAAUGAUUCUCACGUAAAAAAAGAUGUUAUGGAACCUUUGAAGCAGCAGUCUUUAACUCGGAACUCUUCUCGUGAUUCGAAAAAACCUCUAGUCAAAUCAACAACAAAAAUAAAAUGA